AUGAGUCUAGCGCAUUCAGACAAAGGGGUGGAUAGCUCAUGCCGCAAGGAAGGAGGUCCGAAGGAACAUGAAUCAGGGGUGCUAGAGAUGGAAUCAGAUAAAGCGAAAGAGAUUGAAUCCACUUCAGAAGGUGUGGGGGGCAUGAAAAAGGAUCUGGCUAUCAAGGAGCUUAUUUCAGGCCAACAAUGCUUCUUGUUAGGCUUGGUGGAGUCAAAACACAAGGUUUUAUUGGAGUUUAAAGUGAAGCACUGGUGGGUUCUCUCGGAAAUCGGAUGGGAACACACUUUGGUUGUUCAUGGAGGAGGGGUAAUUACCUGCUGGGACAAAAGCAAAUUUGAGAUUUUAGGAUUCAUGAAAGGGGAAAGAUGGAUUCUUUUAGAAGGGAUUAUUAAGGUUAAUGCUUUUAAUUGUGGUAUCAUAGUAGUCUAUGCUCCUAACCAUAGAUAUGGUCGCGAACAGCUCUGGAACGAUUUAUUGGGGCUUCGAGAUCAGAUUAAAGAACCUUUGCUGGUGAUGGGGGACUUCAACGAAGUUAGACAUGUUGAGGAAAGAAACGGCGGAGCUAGCUGUUUUGGAAGUAUAAGAGAGUUUCAAGAGUGGAGUGAAAACAUGAUGAUUCAAGACAUGCCUCUUAUUGGGAGAAAAUACACUUGGGGUAGAGGAAACUCUAGGAGCAGGCUGGACAGAGUCUUUCUCGACCAUGAGUGGAGUGUCAAAUAUCCUGAUGCCAGAAAGCUGAAAGCUCUCCAUAAGCUGCUUAGAAAAUGGAACAAGGAAACUUUUGGGAAUAUCGAUGAAACAAUCAAGAAGCUUAAGGUGGAACAACUUAGAUUCCAGAAUAAGAUUGACUGGGGAAGAGGAGACGAGUGCGACACGACAAAACUCAUGGCUCUUGAAGCACAGUUACAUAAGUGGAUGGACCGAAAAGCUUGCUAUUGGAAGCAAAUGUCGAGAGAUAGAUGGCUCAAGAAAGGAGAUAGAAACACAAAGUACUACCAUGUUGUGACUAUUGGAAGAAGACGGUUUAAAAGAAUUGAUCAAAUCAGAAGUGGUGAGAGGAUGUUCAAAAGCCCAAGAGACAUCAAGAUCGAGAUUCUGAAGUUCUAUAAAGGUUUGUAUAGGUAG